GAGUGAACACGUCAUCCCUGCCACAGAGAAUACGGUAAAGCGAGUCCCCGUGGAAAAAUUGCGCUAAAUAAAUAAAUCUGUAUACAAUCUCAGAAACUCUGAGAAGACCCUGGAACGACUUUGGGAAAUUCACCAAUGGCUUACGUCGAGGGAGGUGUUGUCAAAUCCAAGCGAUCAAUAUGGCGAUUCGGAACUAUAACCGACUUUUUCUGGGCCAUUAUAAACUUUAUAAGCGUAUUUUUUGCGACCAUGUUCUCGAUGGAAAAAUCGGAUGCUUACAGGAAGGGCUCUGGUGCUAGUAAGAAAUGGGAUGGUGGUGGUCCAGGAGGUCCUGGAGGAGGGCCAUAUGGGGGUGGUCCACGUGGCCCACGUCGUGGACUUGACAAUGUCCGUGGAUUGGACAGUAUUAGAGGGGCUGACCAUAGUUCCCUACCUGCCUGUGGUUCCUGCUGUGGUUAAAUGUGGAGGUAUUCAAAGUGAAGUCGUAAUUUUUCACUUUGUUUAUUUGGACAUUUAUUAGGAAUUGCAAAUAUGUGAAUGUCAAACACCUUUUAGGAGAUAAAGUGCUUAUAUAACUGUAGAGGAUAAUUGUGGUCUUCUACAUAAGUGACUAUGCCUGUCAACCUCUUUAAGUUUCAAAUAUUAUGUGUGGAUGUUUUAUAUAAUGUUAAUUGUUGUAAAAUCUCGCAAUCUUUUUAAGCUUAAUGCAUCUGGUAUGCUGUUUUUUCUGGGUGGCCAA